AUGACAACUUUGAAAGUUCUAAGUGUUUUUUUCUUUGUGUUGUUAGGUUUUGGCAUAUGUUCUGCCGCUAGAACACUCCUUACCUUCGGUGUAGAUCAUGGCAUUGGUGGAGGGUACCAUGGGGACAUUGGUGUGAGUGGAGGUGGAGGUUAUGGUGGUGGUGGAGGUGGAGGUGGAGGGCAUGGUGGUGUAGAUGGAUAUGGAGGAGGAGCUGGUGGAGGUGAAGGUGGAGGUGCAGGUGGUGGUGGAUAUGGAGGUGAUGGUGUUGUUGGAGGUGGUGGAGGAGGAAGUGGAGGUGGCGGAGGUGGUGGUGAGGUUGAAGGUGGUGGAUAUGGUGGAGGGGCUGGGAAAGGUGGUGGGGAAGGAUAUGGAGGUGGUGCUUCACAUGGUGGUGGUUAUGCCGGUGGUGGUGGAGGUGGUAGCGGUGGUGGUGGAGGUGCUGGUGGUGGAGGUGCUGGUGGUGGUUAUGGAGGUGGAGAAGGAGGCGGAGCAGGAGGUGGAUAUAGUGGAGAACAUGGAGGUGGAUAUGGUGGUGGAGGUGGAAGUGGAGGUGGUGGAGGAGGGGGUGCUGGUGGAGCACAUGGAGGAGGAUAUGGUGGUGGUGAAGGAGCUGGUGGUGGAUAUGGGGGUGGAGCAGCAGGUGGUGGUGGGGCAGGUGGUGGCUCUGGUGGAGGUGGAGGUGGUGGAGGUGCCCAUGGUGGAGGAUAUGGUGGUGGUGCAGGAGGUGGAGAAGGCGGUGGCCACGGUGGAUAUUAUCCUUGA